AUGGUUCUGAUCUCGGCGCACGCACAGCCAGCCAUGCAAGCAUCACGAGCCUCUCCUAUCAGUGUGUUUGCGGACUGCUGCAUCCCGGCCGGACUCCGCAUAGGACCGGUGCCGGGCAUUUUCAAACUCGGGAAGUACUUGUCGGACCGUAAGGAAGUUGGACCCAAGAAAAAGAUCCGCAUCAUACGUGGGGAGUUCGUGGAAGAGUCGGGCUGCACCGGACCAGAGUGGAUCGGGUUCAUACGCGCUGCGAGGAACAGCCAGGAGCAGAACCUGGAAGCGGUCUCGGAUUUACCUGGCGGACAGAUUUUCUACCGUGUGCUGAGAGAAAUACCAGCCGGUGAAGAGCUGAGUGUGUGGUACUCGAACCCGCUGGCCCAGUGUUACGACAUCCCGACCACAGCCACUCCCACUCACGACGAAAAAGGUGAGGAGCGUUAUAUCUGCUGGUACUGCUGGAGAAUAUUCAAGUACCCCAACACGCUCAAGGCCCACGUGCACUUCCACUGCGCCCUGAGCAACGGACGCGGCUUCACGGACCAGGCCCGGGGCAGGUCCCCAAAAUCCGGAGACAUACCCAACACCUCCACCUCACCCAGGGUCGUCCACAACAACACGUCCAUCUCAGAGUCGGGACGGAGAUUCGUGUCUUACUCCCCGUUCCCAAACAAAGUGGGCUUGUCCAAGAAGAGCCCCGAGGAACAGGACCGGGCUCUGGAUAUGAGCGUCACGUCGGCCAGGAACCACGGACACUUCCUCGGCUUCGGCGCCACUACGUCGGUGCUGAGCAGCAUGGGCUUCCACCCGGGCGUGCGCUCUGCGUUCAAACCCAUGGGCGUCUCCAAGGCCCCGGGCGCCGACCCCUCACGGGAGGAGUCAUCCAGCGGGAAACUCAACGGACUGGGGUUCAGCAAACAAGUGGGCCACGUGAAGUCAGUGCGCAACGUCAACGAAUCUUUAAACAGCAGUAGCCAUCCCUCCAAGUGCGUGCCGGCCAUCGAAUCCAUAUCCCCGAUGGUGCCGUGUGCCAACCCCAUGCGGGGGUUUCCGCUAUUGCCCCACAUAGACGACACCUCUGCGUUCAAGCACGUUGACGGUCGGAUGCAUACGGGCCUGUCUCCCUCCCGCUACCCACAAAUGGCACCGGGGCUCCAUUUCGAGAGGUUCUCAUUGCCCCAGUUCGACGGGGUCAAGCCGUACAACGCAGACUGCAACAUCCCUCUCAUGCCCUUCACGGUGUACAACGGGGAGCUGCUGUACAGCUCGCCUUAUUACCCCUUAAAGUUCCACUUCAGCAACCUCCUGAAGUACCCCGAGUCCAUGCCCUACUUCAGCGCGCCGUCUCUCAACCAGGACAUCGGUCAGAUCACCAACAUCGACCGAGAGAUCGCGAUGCACACUCAGCAGCUGUCCGAAAUCGGCGUGGAGAAGAACAGGACGAGGAUCGAGUCGGGGACCGCGGGCCACUUGCAGGGCUCAACCGGCAAGCCCAAGAAGGGCCACCUGUGCCUGUACUGCGGGAAGCUGUACUCUCGGAAAUACGGACUGAAGAUACACAUGAGGACACACACGGGCUACAAGCCCCUCAAGUGCAAGGUGUGCUUCAGGCCGUUCGGGGACCCAAGCAACCUGAAUAAACACAUCCGCCUGCACGCAGAGGGGAACACGCCGUACAGGUGCGAGUUCUGCGGCAAGGUGCUGGUGCGCCGGCGGGACCUGGAGCGCCACGUCAAGUCCCGGCACCCAGGGCAGACGCUGAAGAAGAACGAGGACAAGGUGGACGACAUGUUCGAGGAGGACGCCGAGCAGAAGAGCGACAACGACAGCGACGUGGACGUGUGCUUCACGGACGACCAGAGCGACCAGGAGUCCGGAAAACACAACGAUGAGUUAUGA